AUGAUGAAGCCGUCUGAGGCCCACGGGCGCCGGCCAGACACUCCAUGCAUAUAUGUCAUGUACCUCAAAGAUGCUCCAGCCACUCCAAUUGGACUCAUCUCGUUUUGUCGCCGCACUCCUGAUGUCCCCAUGGACCUUGGCUGGACGGUAGCUCCCGACCACCGAAGGAAAGGCUACGCAUCAGAAGCGAGUGCGAGGAUUUCGCGAUAUUGGAAAGAUGAAUUCGGCAUCAAAGAGAUGUGCAUUGUCACCAGCGAAGAUAAUAUCCCAUCCAGGAAGAUUGCGGAGAGCAUUGGCUACGUAGAUGGUGGCUAUGUCAUGAUGGAGGGCAAGAAAGAAGUUGCCUACGUACUUCCCGGAAUGAAGAAGUUUGAAGGGCAGAUUUUUCCAUUCUGGGGAGAUGGAGAAAUUCCCGAGGAGGAUGACUAG